UGUAUCAAACAGCUUCUCUUUGUUUCGUUGCCAUUCUUGAAUGCCGAUCAUGCAACGUAAAGACUACAACUCCCUGCUUAAGGUUCACCAGGAAAUGGAGUCAUGAUGUCAACAGAUACAUGGAGCUGUCGACAUGGAACUGCCUGUUCUUUUUAAUACAAAACGCUUCUUUUGGGUCUAAACUGACUAGUUUGAGAAUGAGAGGCGUUGGACAUAAAGUUGUGUUGCUGUCCGUUUUGUUGUUAUUCGUAAAUCCAUGCGUGCUAGAGCGAGUUGAGAGAGAAAAGUCGUUGGACCUGACUGAGAGAGAUGACGACGGAGGAAAGGUGAAAAGGGAUCCAGUUGAAAACCACCAAACAUUGAUAAUAAAGGAAAAAGAACAUGGACACGGUUCAAACGUCCCACAGAAGGAUGGACAGUCUGUCAGCAAGUCCAAUGACACUGAUAACUACAGCAAUGAGAGCCUCCACUCUACAACACCUGCUGUCAAGCCAACGACCCCAGCACCCCCAACCCCGAAGCCCAUUCUCCCUGUGCAGACAGGGGUCAAGGCCCAAGAAGAAGAACAGUCCAGUGGGUUGACCAUAUUUUUCAGCCUGCUGGUUAUUGGUAUCUGCAUCAUAUUGGUGCACUUGCUCAUCAAGUUCAAGCUGCAUUUUCUUCCAGAGAGUGUGGCUGUCGUGUCCCUUGGGAUUCUAAUGGGAGGCUUUAUCAAGAUUAUUGAGUUCCAGGAACUAGCCAACUGGAAGGAGGAGGAAAUGUUCCGCCCAAAUAUGUUCUUCCUGUUGCUCCUGCCGCCCAUCAUCUUUGAAUCUGGAUAUUCUUUACAUAAGGGGAACUUCUUCCAGAACAUCGGCUCCAUCACCCUCUUUGCUGUUAUUGGCACAGCUAUCUCUGCCUUCAUAGUUGGAGGGGGUAUCUAUUUCCUUGGGCAGGCUGAUGUGAUCUAUAAGAUGAGUAUGACUGAUAGCUUUGCCUUUGGCUCGCUGAUCUCAGCUGUGGAUCCUGUAGCUACCAUCGCCAUCUUUAACGCCCUCAACGUGGACCCGGUCCUCAACAUGCUGGUGUUUGGUGAAAGUAUCCUCAAUGACGCUGUCUCCAUUGUCCUCACUAACACAGCCGAGGGUUUCUUUUCCCGCUCAGACAACUCCAUGGUAACGGGCUGGGAGACUUUUUUGCAAGCGUUGAGUUAUUUUCUUAAAAUGUUUUUUGGAUCUGCUGCCCUGGGAACCCUCACUGGACUCAUCUCAGCACUUUUUUUAAAGCACUUCGACCUGAGGAAGACUCCCUCCCUGGAGUUUGGUAUGAUGAUAAUCUUUGCGUACCUACCCUAUGGCCUGGCAGAGGGCAUCAAACUGUCUGGAAUUAUGUCUAUCCUGUUUGCGGGAAUUGUGAUGUCUCACUACACCCAUCACAACUUGUCUCCUGUCACCCAGAUCCUCAUGCAGCAGACACUGCGCACAGUGGCCUUCAUGUGUGAGACAUGUGUGUUUGCCUUCCUCGGUCUCUCCAUCUUCAGCUUCCCUCAUAACUUUGAAAUAUCCUUUGUCAUCUGGUGCAUAGUCCUGGUUCUUCUGGGCCGAGCGAUCAACAUCUUCCCUCUGUCAUUCCUGCUGAACUUUUUCAGAGACCACAAGAUCACACCCAAAAUGAUGUUCAUCAUGUGGUUUAGUGGUUUGAGAGGAGCUAUUCCCUACGCUUUGAGCCUUCAUCUCGGCCUGGAGCCCAUUGAGAAGCGGCAGCUCAUCGGCACCACCACCAUCAUUAUCGUACUCUUUACCAUCCUCCUCUUGGGAGGCGGGACGAUGCCACUCAUCCGCAUUAUGGACAUUGAGGAAAGCCAGUCACGGCGUAAGAACAAGAAAGACAUCAAUCUCAGCAAGACAGAGAAAAUGGGUAAUACCAUAGAGUCGGAGCACCUAUCAGAACUGACAGAGGAAGAGUACGAGGCUCAGAUCUACCAGAGACAAGAUCUGAAGGGCUUUAUGUGGCUUGAUGCUAAGUACCUUAACCCCUUCUUCACUCGCAGGCUUACCCAAGAGGACCUGUUACAUGGCCGGAUCCAGAUGAAGACCCUGACCAACAAGUGGUAUGAAGAAGUUCGCCAGGGACCCUCAGGCUCUGAGGAUGAUGAAGAUGAAGCAGAACUUCUGUGAACUGAGCCAACACUUUCAGUUCAUAUGAAAACAAUGAAUGGACAUUGUGUGUCCUGGGCAGAGGGAGUGUGUGUGUAUGUGUGUGCGUGCGUGCGUGCACGUGUCUGUCUGUCUGUCUGAGUGCAUGUGUGUGAAGACGAGCACUGUUCUCAGUUUCAGUCACAUGCACUUCUUGUUUGAUCACCUGCCACCAAGUUUAUGUGACAAAAUAGUUUCCCUCAGUGCCCACUGUGGAUUUUCAGCACACAAACUGGGCUGGAAUGUGUCAAAAUCUUAGUCCCAGUAAAACUGGAUUUGAAAAUUGUAACACUGGAUGAAGCAAAAAAAAAAAAAGAAAUCUGUGAAAAAAUAAGUUGUUCAUAUGAAGGCCAUGUUAUUACAAGCUAAGGAACUGAGACGAUAUCUUGUUCUGCUCCUGUUCGCUGAUCAGUUGAACAGCAGGGAAACCAGAGACACUUUUCCCAGGUGUUUCCUUUAUAAAAGUUUAGGUCUGAAGGGAAGUCGGCAGGGAAGCUGCAAGGGAUAUUUUCAGUGUAAAGCAAUACUAGAGCACCUGUUCACUUUUUCUCUUCACUUUUGCAUAAUUCAUUGCUAUGUGGCACUAGCUUAAAUUGUGCUUGCCAUGGGAGGGAAACAACAUAAUCACGCUACAGGCUCAGUUUUUAAAGUGAGAUUUGUAAUAAGCCACAGGUUACUGCUUUGAAUAGCUUCCUGUUGCAGCAUAAUUUAAUUCUCUCUGGGUCUCUACGUUUUGUAUGCAUCACUGGUUCUGAGUUCAUUCAUUAAAAAACACAUACUGUAUACAUAUGUAAUGAAGAUAAAACAAAAGAAAUGAUGCAUGAGCCACACCCCACCCCCCCACCCCCCAGCAACUGUAAGCAACAAAGAGAAAUGCAGGAGAGAUUUAAAACUAGUGAAACGUGCUGGGUAAAACUAAUGAUUCUCAAAACAUUACACACCUAGCUUACAGAAGAAUAAUUAUGCAUAAUUAUGCAAAUCAGAAAUUGCUUUCAUUGUCAAGUAUGGUUCCAGUUUGGUUUCCCUAAAUUAACUGUUCUCUGUUUAUUUUCAUUCUCUGGCGAGGUUCCUGCCCCUACACUGUGCAUUAAGUAGAACUUGAAAUGUUGCUUUUGUGUUUUUCACUGUGGAUUUCUAAUUCAGAUGGGCACCAAUGAAUGUGUGGGUAACUGGGAAUAUGGUCUUUUGAAUGUUAAUGUAUUUUUUUCUAUUUAUUUAUAAGAUGUGCUGUUUGUGGGAUAUAAGCUUUUAUACAAGCUCUAUGAGCACUGCAGAAAUAUAAACAAAGAAUCUAUAAUAAAUCAUAUUGACAUCCUA